AGACAUCUCUCAGCGCACCGUGAAUGCAUCUGAGUGUUGCGGGUGAGGGGGGGAGCAGCUGAGACACAAGUGACCGCUAGCUUCAUGUCAACCACACUCCUGAACCUGCAACAGCGGAAAUCUGUCCCAGGGAAGAAGGAGAGGGAGAGACAGAGGGGGUGUCGCUGGAAGGGAUACUCGACUGUAUUUCCUGACGUUUGAACCGACUUAACAUUUGCAUCGGUUUGGGUUUUUCCCCUAUUUUUAAAAAGGGGGAUAUCAGCUGUAGGAAGAAGUGUUAGCUAGCCACCGCCAUCUCCUCUCAGUCGGAGCGACCGCCGUGUCUUCCACACCAUGGGGAACGCUGCCACCGCCAAGAAGGGCAACGAGCUGGAGAGCGAGACUUUUGUAAAAGAGUUUCUAGCCAAAGCCAAAGAAGAUUUCUUACGGAAAUGGGAAUGCCCAGCACAGAGCACUACGUGCCUAGAUGACUUUGAGAGAUUAAAGACCCUGGGUACUGGCUCAUUUGGAAGAGUCAUGCUGGUGAAACACAAAGGCACAGAGCAAUACUUUGCCAUGAAAAUACUGGACAAGCAAAAGGUGGUGAAACUCAAGCAAAUAGAACACACACUAAACGAGAAGAGGAUACUACAGGCUGUGAGCUUCCCCUUUCUCGUCAGACUUGAUUACGCGUUUAAGGACAACUCCAACUUGUACAUGGUGAUGGAGUACGUUCCAGGAGGAGAGAUGUUCUCACACCUAAGACGAAUUGGAAGGUUCAGGUUAGUUUUGUCAUCAACUAAUUCCAUACAAAUACACAGUGUCCAAAUAUUGAAUUUACUCUUUAUUUUCUGCCGUGUGUCAUAA